GGGCCCGUGAGCCAUGGCCGCUGAGCCUGCGCGUCCGGAGCCUGUGCUCCGCAACGGGAGAGGCCACAACAGUGAGAGGCCCACGUACCGCAAAAAUAAAUAAAUAAAUAAAUAAAUAAAUAAAUAAAUAAAUAAAUAAUAAAAUAAAAUAAUGACUCUGGCUGCUGCCAGAGGGUAGACUGUGGGAGCAGAGUGGAAGUAGGGGGAGCAGCCAUCUAGGUGAGAGAUGAGGGUGGUAGACUCGGUGGUGACUGGGGAUUUGGAGAAAAGUGAAUGGACCAAAAAGAUAUUUAGAGGGUUGGAGAUGGGGUGGGGAGGAGGUUGAGAGUUUAGGGGAGGGAGCCAUCCAGGAUGCCACCCAGCUUUCUGGCUUGGAUGCAUGGAUGGAUGGUGGUGGCCUUCACUGGGAUGGACAACAAGAGGAAGAAGACCAGGCUUGGUGGUGGGGGGCAAGAAAGGUCAUGAGUUCAGUUUGGAUACAUCAGACCGAGGGGUCUGAGCAGGUCUGGGCCUACGUGCUGUCCCACAGGCACCAGCAGCAUGGGCACCCUCUCAAACCCCCAGGCUCAAUCUUUAGCAACUUCAGCUGCUUCCUGUCCACCCAUCCCCCUCCCCCUCCACACACACACACAACCACAGGGUGAGUCAACCAAUCUUCUUCAUCUGUCACAUGGGAACAAUAACAGUAUCCAUUUCCUGGGGGUAGCUGUAAGCAGUAAGCAAACUAAGGCACAAAAGAUGCUGAGAGGGCUUCCCUGGUGGCGCAGUGGUUGAGAGUCCACCUGCCGAUGCAGGGGACACGGGUUCGUGCCCCGGUCCAGGAAGAUCCCACAUGCCGCGGAGCGGCUGGGCCCGUGAGCCAUGGCCGCCGAGCCUGCGCGUCCGGAGCCCGUGCUCCGCAACGGGAGAGGCCACAACAGUGAGAGGCCCAUGUACGGCAAAAAAAAAAAAAAAAAAAGAUGCUGAGAAGUGGGCCAGGUGCUAGUCACUGUUAGCACUGCCCAUGCCCUUUCUCCCGGCCAUGCAAUAUAAGUGCAUUUCUAUCACCUCUACGGCACAGGCUUGGAACUAGCCAUCUCCCAACAGCCCAGUCUUGAUCUUGCCAUGCACCUGCUCAAAAUAUUGUUAGCGUUUCCUACUCAAAAGACGGGACCCCUGUGCCAGCUGGUCCCAAGCCAUUUCCCAGCCUCCUUCCCCACCCUCUUCAUCAGGUACUGCUCCCAUCACAGACACCUGCACCUUCCCCAAUCAUGCUGCACACUUACCCAUCUGCUUUCCUCUUUCUCCCCUUCCCACCCGUCCUUCCCAAGCGCAGCUCUAUUUGCUAGGCACCUCCUCUGGGAGGCUUCUCCAAGGCCCUGCAGGGGAUGAGCUCCACCCCUUCCAGAUUUCUACAGCUUCCUCAGGCUCCUCUUUAGCUUCUGGCCACUCCUGGGAUUCACUGGGCUUCCUUUGACUUGUCUGACUCCUUUUCCCAAGGCAUUAGCUCACUGAACACAGGGAGGCACUUGAGCUUCAUCACUGUGGUGUCCUAGUGCCUGGCACUAUACCCAACCCAACACAGGGCUUGGUCGAUACUGGUGCAGAAAAUCAACAGAACCCCUAAUGUACAGUUUCACGUUGAUCCAUCUCAUAUCCCGCAAAGGCCAGAAGACAGGCAAGAAGGGUAUUCUGGCCUGGGGACAAUAAGUCCUUUCCCAGAAGCUGCUCUGUGAGACAAAGUCCAGGACAAGCAAACAGAGAUCAAAGAAGCCUCUGGGCCCCCUCACCAUAUCAGGGUCACAGCAGCCAGUACAUCCCAACCAGGGCCACGGAGUGGGUUGACCAGGGGCCAUGUCUGCCCAGUGUGUACGGCUUGUGGGGGACAGACAGGGUUUGUGCAUAAAACUUAAGAAACUGCAGCUACAAGAUGGGUCUCUGGGAUCUUUGACUGCUUCUUCUUUCUUCCUAAUAAUGCAGAGGACAUUUCUGUCAUUACAUGAUAGGCUUGGGCUUUGGAGUCUGAAAGAUUUGGGUUUGGAUACCUGCUCUUUCAUUUGCUGUGGGACCAACGUCCCAGGGACACCCUGAGGAUAAAAUUAGAUCAUAAAGGGCUGAGAGCGACGCAUGGCUUGUAGUCUGUCCUUCAUCAUGAAAGCAUAGCAUUCAUCUUUUGUCUCCACUAUGUCCUGGAAUGAUGAGGCUUACUUCUGCUCUUCUUUACAAAGCUGACUGGCCUAAAGGGUGUGUCACCCAUUAAGUAUCCCCAGAACUGUCCAGACCGCCUCUGGCAGAACUGCUAGAGUUGGUGCCAUCAGAAACAAGGACGUGGGCAGACCCUUUGUAAGCCACCGUAUCUGCCUCCCUGGCCAAAGUGUGACUGUCUGAAAAGUUUGUUGAUGCUUAAAGCAUUUUGAAAGGAACACCUAACGAAGUUGAGAAAUCCAUUUUUAACUGUGGCUUCUUGAUGCCUGCCCCAGUAUCACUGGUGCUGGCCCUGUGCCACGGAGCCGGGAUUAAAUGAGCUGUCUGGGUCUUCAAAAUUCAUGGCGGCUGAGUGUAGCUCUAACCAAGGGGCACAGUCUGAGUCUGGUCAGGAGUUUGCACAGCUGGGAAUCCCCCUAAGGAGAAAGCUUUCACUGUCUAUUUGUCAUCCCCCAAAUUGUAAUAUUUGCCUUCACCUUGUCUAAUGUUUAAUCCAUGUUUAUCCAGCAUUUUAUUGAUUAAUGGUCUGAGUGAAGUGACAGGCAGCAGAAGCCUCGAGGCCAUGCACGGCACGAUGGGGAUUCGGGGGCUGCUGUGUGUGUGCCUGGCGUCCCUGCUCACCCUGCAGGCCAUGCCCGCUCAGGGUUCACCCACACGCAGUCCCAAAGGCGGCAAGAAGCGACCGGCUUUGGACACAGCCGUCGAUGGCGUAGUCAUCCGGAGUUUGAAAGUCAACUGCAAAGUCACCUCUCGCUUUGCCCACUGUGUCAUCACCAGCCAAGUGGUCAACAACGCUGACGAAGCCAAGGAAGUGGCCUUCGAUGUGGAAAUCCCCAGGACGGCCUUCAUCAGUGACUUUGCUAUCACAGCAGGUGAAAAUGCAUUCCUCGGGGACAUAAAGGACAAAGUGACUGCAUGGAAGCAGUACCGGAAAGCGGCCAUCUCAGGAGAGAAUGCCGGCCUUGUCAGGGCCUCAGGGAGAACAAUGGAGCAGUUUGCCAUCCAGGUCACCAUCGGUCCCCGGAGCAAGGCCACGUUCCGGCUGACCUACGAGGAGGUGCUGAGGCGAAAGCUUAUGCAGUAUGACAUUGUCAUCAAGGUCAAGCCCAAGCAGCUGGUGCAGCAUUUUGAGAUCGACGUGGACAUCUUUGAGCCCCGGGGGAUCAGCAAGCUGGAUGCCCAGGCCUCCUUCCUCCCCAAGGAACUGGCCGCCCAACUCAUCAAGAAGUCCUUCUCAGGGAAAGAGGGUCAUGUGCUUUUCCGUCCCACGGUGGGCCAGCAGCAAUCCUGCCCCACAUGCUCUACGACCUUGCUAAAUGGGGACUUCAGGGUGACCUACGAUGUCAAUCGGGACAAGGCCUGUGACCUCCUGGUCGCCGAUAACCACUUUGCCCACUUCUUUGCUCCCCAAAACCUGACAAAACUGAACAAGAAUGUGGUUUUUGUGAUUGACAUCAGCUCCUCCAUGGAAGGCCAGAAAGUGAAGCAGACCAAGGAGGCGCUCCUUAAAAUCCUGGGGGACUUGCGGCCAGGGGACUACUUCGACCUGGUCCUCUUUGGGUCUGCAGUGCAGUCCUGGAGGGGCUCGCUGGUGCAGGCAUCUGCCGCCAAUCUGGACGCAGCUCGGAACUUUGUGCAGCACUUCUCUCUGGCCGGGUCUACAAACCUGAAUGGAGGUUUGCUCCAGGGAAUUGAGAUUUUGAACAGAGCUCAGGGAAGCCUCCCAGAACUCAGCAACCACGCCUCUAUUCUCAUCAUGCUGACAGAUGGCGAGCCCACAGAGGGGGUGACGGAUCAUACCCAAAUCCUCAAGAACGUCCAAGAUGCCAUCAGGGGCAAGUUCCCACUCUACAACUUGGGUUUCGGCCAUGACGUGGACUUGAAGUUCCUGGAGGUCAUGUCCCUGGAGAACAACGGACGUGUCCAGAGAAUCUACGAGGACCAUGAUGCCACCCAGCAGCUGCAGGGCUUCUACGAGCAGGUAGCCAACCCUCUGCUGAGGGAUGUGGAGUUGCAGUACCCCUGGGAUGCCGUCUCGGCCCUGACCCAGCACCAGCAUAAACAGUACUACGAAGGCUCGGAGAUCAUAGUGGCCGGGCGCAUCGCUGACCACAGACUGAGCAGCUUCAAGGCAGACGUGCAAGCCUAUGGGGAGGGCCAAGACUUCAAGACGACCUGCCUGGUGGACGAGGAAGAGAUGAAGAAACUGCUCCGAGAGCGGGGCCACAUGCUGGAGAACCACGUCGAACGCCUGUGGGCCUACCUCACCAUCCAGGAGCUGCUGGCCAAGCGGAUGAAGUUGGAGGGGGCAGAGAAGGCCAACGUGUCAGCCGAGGCCCUAAAGAUGUCGCUGGCCUAUCAGUUUGUGACCCCGCUGACCUCCAUGACCAUCAGGGGCAUGGCGGACCAAGACGGCCUGGAGCCCCUCAUUGACAAGCCCCUGGAGGGUUCUCUGCCCUUGGAGAUGGUGGGACCCGGAAAGACCUUCAUGCUGUUGGCCUCGCAGCCUUCUCCGACGCGCCCUAGCUCCGAGGUCCAGCAUUUGCCAAACCAAGUGACUGGCGUGGACACUGACCCCCACUUCCUCAUCCACGUGCCCCAGAAAGAGGACACUCUGUGCUUCAAUAUCAACGAGGAGCCUGGUGUGGUCCUGAGCCUGGUGCAGGACCCUGACACAGGCUUCUCAGUGAACGGCCAGCUCAUUGGCAACGAGGCCAGGAGCCCUGGGAAGCAUGAGGGCACGUACUUCGGGCGGCUGGGGAUCGCAAACCCCGCAACAGGCUUCCAGCUGGAAGUGACUCCUCAGAACAUUACGCUGAACCCUGGCUCCGGCGGACCCAUAUUCUCCUGGAGGGACCAGGCCUCACUGCGGCAGAAUGAGGUGGUGGUGACCAUCAACAGGAAGAGGAACCUGGUGGUGUCCGUGGAGGACGGGGGCACCUUCGAGGUCGUCCUGCACCGGGUAUGGAAGGGGAGUGCCAUCUGCCAGGACUUCCUGGGCUUCUACGUGCUGGAUAGUCACCGGAUGUCAGCACGGACACACGGGCUGCUGGGACAAUUCUUCCAUCCCUUUGAUUAUAAAGUGUUCGACCUCCACCCAGGCUCUGACCCCACAAAGACAGACGCCACAAUGGUGGUGAAGGAACGCCAGCUGACGGUCACCAGGGGCUUGCAAAAAGACUACAGCAAAGACCCCCGGCAUGGGGCUGAGGUGACCUGCUGGUUCAUCCACAACAACGGGGAUGGGCUGAUCGACGGUGUUCACACUGACUAUAUCGUCCCCAACAUCUUCUGAGCCCCCAGCCAGCACACCCAUUCUCCCUUGGGACCAUGGCAGAGGAGGAGCGUGACCUGCUGCCCAGGCCACACCUCCCUGUCCAAGCUGUUCUCCUAUGUCGAAGCACUCAUGACUUCCAUUAAAGAGAGGCUAUGUCCAGCCCAGGCUGGCUGCUUUGGGGGAGGGGGGUGUGGUAGGGAGGCAACCCAAGAGGUUGCUCCUAGAAGGGCUCAGGAGUCACAGCAGACCAGGAGGCUGGGCGGGAGCCGGCACCAACUCUGCCCCCACCCCACCCUGUUCUCUGCAGCUGCCUGGCCCCAUGCCCUCUGACUGUCCUGGGUGUCCCGUGCACACUGCUUCCCCUACAGGUCCAGAGACCAAAGGACACUCUGGCAGCACGUAUAGGAACAACCCGCAAUAGCUGCAGCUGCCCCAGUGCUUCCUGUAGCCAGGAACUGUUCUAAGUGCCUUUGCUGAAUUAAUUAAAUGUAUGCUCCCAACAGCCCUGGGGGAUACUUUUAUCAUGACUACUUACAGCCGAGGUUAGGUAAUUUGUCCAAAAUCACUCAUCUUUUAAGUGGCGGAGCUGGGAUUUGAACCCGUGCUAUCUGGAGUCAGCAUCUAUGUGCUUAACCACCCCAUGUAAAUAUUCCCAUCAGGCUGGGUGGCUGAUGGCCAAAGCCUGUUGGGAUUUGGUUCUGGAUAUCCCAAACUAUCACUUAACACGAACAUGUGAAAGAAAUACAUGAAAUAUAUAUGGACUUGGGGUCCUGAAGAAGUUCUGCCAGGAGCUGAGGGUCACCUAAUGGGGUCAGAGCCUCAGGGGGCAGUUCCCAGGCCUCCAUCCUCCACUGGAUUUCCCAGCUGGGGGUUUGGAACCUGUGAGAGCAGGCACAUUUCCCCAAAGCAGAGAUGGCCACUGCCCAGAAGCUGUGAUUUCAGGGGCCAGGAAUAGCAGCCCACUGACUCCUCACACUGAUGCCUGGAAUAACCCCUUCAGAACGCCUUCCCUGGGCCUUGUCUAGGGGCCCAGUUAAAAUGUGACAUUACAGGGUGUGUGGAGAUGAACUUGCACUUUGGGGAGCCACUGGCCCUUUUGGCGAAGGUUGAUAGGCCUCCACCCACUCCUUUUCAAAGGGUUUCUGCUUUUUCUGGCUUCUGUCCAGUUCCCAUUCCAGAUGAGGCCCAUGAGGGCUCAGAUCAACCACACAAAUGCUGAGGUCCAGAGCUGCCCCAGGCCCAGGGACACAGAGCCCUGAGGGGCAGCCAGUGGAAUUUCAGAGCCCAGCCCACCGUCUGGAGUAUCCUGGGCUUCUCAAGGGAGAGCCACGGGCUGCCAGCUAGCUGGUCACCCUCAGCAAAGUCCGCCCAACUGGGGCCUCCUUUUCCCAUCCUCUAGAGUGGAAAUGGGGUGAACCUGAAGAUUUCCUAGAUUCCUUUAAUUCGAAAUUCUGUAUGAUGACUCUGGGUCCCUCCAAGUCCCCAGCUGUCCCUCAGGGGCCUCUUGAGCAACCUCAGAAUUUCCUACUUUGAGUUGUCCCUCCCACAAAACUCCAAGUAUUGGAGGAUGAGGCAGUAGCCUGGAGGAGAGGGGCUGGGGAAAGCUCCUCAGGCAGCUGCAGGGCCGUGAGGAAGACCCACUGGGCAAUGCUGGCAGGACAAUAGUUCUGCCACCCCUGCCACGGCCC